CACCCAAUACGCCGUAGCCAAAUCGCACAUAAGCAAGUUACUCUUUCUCUCUCAAAAAAACACUUUCGUUAUUUUAUAUAUAUCUCUGUUAUAGAGAGAGAAAGUAAGUAAAAAUAUAAAAAAAAAAAACUCUCAAAGUUGCGGAAAACGAGACAUUGAAGUGGGGGAAAUUGUAACACCACUCGUAAGAGUUUUUGUUGUUUUUUUUCUAAGUUUCGAAAUUCUCAACUCUCACGGACUUCCUCAUUGUAACCGUCCCUGUAUCGAGCUUCGCAGCUGCUGCUACUACCGAGUUCAGUCAGGAUGUUAGAGAAGAUGGAAAUUCUGGAUGUGGAUGAAGUAAUAGAGGAGUUUGAAGAAAUUACCAAGAACGCUGAGAGGGUUCAGAGAGAGACCCUGAAGAAGAUUUUGGAAGAAAAUGGGUCUGCAGAGUAUUUACAGAAUUUUGGUCUAAAUGGAAGGACCGAUCCUGAUAGCUUCAAGGCCUGUGUGCCGCUUGUUACUCACAAGGACCUGGAAUCAUAUAUUCAGCGAAUUAUGGACGGUGAUAAUUCAUUGGUUCUCACUAGAAAGCCAAUAACUACUAUGUCUUUGAGUUCUGGUACCACCCAAGGGAAGCCCAAAUAUGUUCCCUUCAAUGAUGAAUUGAUGGACACAACUUUGCAGAUAUACCGUACUUGCUAUGCCUUUAGAAACAAAGAAUUCCCUAUUACAAAUGGAAAGGCCCUGAAUUUCAUCUACAGCAGCAAGCAGAGCCUAACAAAAGGGGGAUUGGCAGCUGGAACUGCAACUACAAAUGUCUUCCGCAAUGCACGGUACAAAAAUGCAAUGAGAGCAAUGCAGUCCCAAUCCUGCAGCCCUGAUGAAGUGAUAUUUGGUCCGGAUUUCCAGCAGUCACUAUAUUGCCAUCUUUUAUGUGGCCUACUCUUCUCGGAUGAGAUUGAGUCAGUGUCCGCACCCUUUGCUUACAGCAUUGUUUAUGCAUUCCGAACCUUUGAACAAGUAUGGGAGGAGCUCUGUGCUGAUAUACGAGAUGGGAUCCUUACAAGCCGGAUCACUACCCCAUCCCUCCAAAAUGCCAUGUCAAAACUUCUGAAGCCAAAUCCUGAAUUGGCUGAUUUGAUCCAAAAAAAAUGUUCAGGACUGAGCAAUUGGUAUGGAUUGAUACCUGAACUUUUUCCCAAUGCAAAGUACAUCUAUGGGAUCAUGACUGGGUCAAUGGAGCCUUAUAUUAAAAAACUAAGGCAUUACGCAGGGUAUCUGCCUCUUGUAACUGCUUAUUAUGGUGCUUCUGAAGGGUGGAUUGCAGCAAAUGUGAACCCAAAAUUGUCCCCUGAACUGGCCACUUAUGCUGUGCUUCCUCAUAUUGGAUACUUUGAAUUCAUUCCUCGUAGGGGAAAUGUUGACCCCUUGGAGCAAGAGAAAGAGGAGUCAACUUUCUUCUAUACAGAGCCAAAGCCAGUUGGUCUGACUGAAGUCAAGAUUGAUGAAGAGUACGAGAUCGUUAUCACCAAUUUUGCAGGUUUAUACCGCUACAAGCUAGGAGAUGUGGUCAAGGUUACAGGGUUCCAUAACUCGACACCGGAACUCAAAUUUGUGUGCCGAGGAAACCUCAUGCUCAGCAUAAACAUUGACAAGAACACAGAGAAAGACUUGCAGCUUGCAGUCGAAGCAGCUGCCAUGUUAAUAGCAGAAGAAAAGCUAGAAGUCGUUGAUUUCACAAGCCAUGUGGAUGUAUCAACCGACCCUGGUCACUAUGUAAUCUUCUGGGAAAUUAGUGGCCAGGCGAGCGAGGAAGUAUUGCAAGGAUGCUGCAACUGCUUGGAUCGUUCUUUUGUGGAUGCCGGCUAUGUCAGUUCUCGCAAGGUCAAGACUAUAGGGCCUCUGGAGCUCCGAGUUGUCCAUAGAGGAACUUUCCAGAAGAUAAUGGAACAUUACCUAGGAGUAGGAACUGCCGUCAGUCAGUUCAAGACACCAAGAUGCGUAGGUCUGACAAACAAUAAGGUGUUACAGAUCUUGUGUAACAAUGUUGCUCAGAGUUAUUUCAGCACUGCUUUUGGCUAAAAAAAUGUCUGAAAAAAAUAUAAAUAAAUAAAUAAAAUAAAAAAGAGGCAAUUUU